AUGCAACAAGAAAUAGAAAAUGAAAGUUUUCUUGGUAAUUUAUUAGAUGAAAGACAUCAUGAUAAAAUGAUUCAACUAAAUACAUCAUUAAAUAAAGAUCAAAAAAAAUUAUUACAAGAUUUAAGAAAACAAUGCUUAGUUUUAUUAUCAGAUAAUAAUUAUUAUAUUAAUCAAAUAAAUAAAGUUAGAGAAGAAUUUUUAGAAGCAAUUGAAAAUAAAAAAGAUGUUAAAAAAUUAAAAAAUAUUUGGUUAGAAGCAAUUGAUAAAUUAGAACAAGAAUAUUUAACAAAUGAUCAAACAAAAUAUUCUAUUAAAGAAGUUGAAAGUAAUAAUUCAACAAAACCUAGAAAGAAAGCAAUAAUAUCAAGAAAAAGAUUAAGAAAACAUGAUGCAUUUAGAAAAUUAAGAAAACAUCUAAUAAUAUUUAUUAAAGCAUCAGAGUUUUUGUUUAAUAAUCCAUUUAUGUUUCCUGAAGAAAAAAUAAAUAGAAUAGCUAGCAUUAAAGCUAUUAUUGAUGUAUAUAAAAAAUCAUUAGCUAAUAUUUUUAAAAUAUCACAAAAAAAUAUUGAUUUUAUUCAACAAAGUUUAUCAGAUAUGAUGCUUGUUUAUCAGACAGAAGAAGAAAAAAAAUUUUUUAGAUAUCAUAACAAAUGUUUUGAUUAA